GCGUGUUGACUCUGUAAAAUUUUUCAAUUUGGUGAUGGUAUAAUUUUGUGUAUUUAUAUAAUCCAUCAUACACUGAUAUUAAAUCGAUUAACAUAAACUUUUCAGUGUUUGCUAAUCUUUUACUAUUUAUUUUUUCUCAAAAAUUACUAAAGACAAAAAGUCUGAUGGGAUGGAAGUUGCUAUCCACUGUAUACUAUUUGGUUACAAUGUUCUCCCUCCUAAUUAUGAGCUUGCUUGCAACUGUGCCUAAGGACUUGAGCACAUGAAUCAUGAUACGGUAUUAAUGAAUGCCCAUGAGCCACACACACCCUCCCUGUUUGAAACCAGAGUUAAUUAAUGAAAUGGCGUAAAAAUACAGUGGAACGUUAUAGGGUCCAGACAUAUCUAACUCGUUAACGCGUGUUGCGGAUAGACCCUGAAUGCAUGAUACUCUUGAAUAGCUAGCAGCCUAGCACCCAGAAAGCUAAUUAGUCACACAUGGAGAGAACAUUCAAGCAUAUUAGAAUAUUGGCACGAAUCACACUCAGCAUUUUUUUUAUACGAUAUUUGACUUGGACCAAAUCAUUUCGGCAGGAUCAAUUACAUGAUAUAUGGUGAUAGCUCAAAUCUUGAAACCUGAUACAUUCACAUUCACCGUGCACAUUGUGUUUGGUUUCCUUCUUAAUUAAGAUUGUUAUAUGUUCUUCCCAUAUUUUCCAGGUGAUACCAUAAACGAUGAUCAACGAAGAAAACUUGGAAUUCCUUCUUGAGUUUCCUCUUCCUUCCAACAUUAAUGAAAAGGAUCCUGAAAAUGGCGACAAGGGAUGGUGUGGUAUGUUUGUAUGAUAUAAUUGAAGAGUUAAAGAAGCAAUUGGAAUUAGUAGGACCUCUGUUUUUGUGGGUUCUAUACUGUACUUUUUGCUGUUUCAUGUUCGUAGGGCCUCUUGGAAGGCUCUCUCUUUCCAGUGCAACUUAGCUACUUCCUUUGUGCUUUAUGGUAUAUAUGAUUUAGUCAGAUCAUGCAUUGGAUCCCUUUUAGUUCUUGAUUUAGUCGUCUGUUUUUGGUACGUAAUACGUUACAACAUAUUGAUCGUUUAAAUUUAUUCAGUGCACUAGAAACAUUAUGCGAGCAAACCUAUGGGGCAAAACUUCAUCAUAUGCUUGGAAUACAUAUGCAAAGGGGUAUAUGCUUGUUUGCUCUCGUGCAUGUGUCGAUGCAAUUUUGAGUUGGUUAAUUGGGUGCGGACAGAUUGGUCUGGUCCUGAACGUGCUCUCACUUGUAGUAAAAUUUAUGAAAAAUGGUGAAUUUUGAGUGAGAAUCAUUACUUCACUUGAAAUAUUUUUUUCAAAAGUACUAGUACAAUGUAUCGUCAAACCAAUAUUUGCAAAUAUUGGUAGCUGGUAUUUACACCCUAAUCAAAAUUUGAUACCUAAUUUGAUACCUAAAUGAACUUCUGAGUUGAAAAAUGUACUAUCUGCUGGACCAAGAAUAUGUGCAGUUACAGUAUUUGGCUAAACUAGAGUCAACUAGUGAAAUAGCCUAAAUAUUCGCUGGAUUAAGAUUAGACAUAUCUAGCUCAUUAACGUGUGUUACAGGACAUUAGGAGUGGCAAUCGGGCGGGUGCGGGGGGGUGAGGGUAGUGGUGGAGCCUAACCCCAAAAAGUAGAACCGCCCUGCCCGCCCCACAUAACAAUUUUUAACAUUUUCAACCCAUCCCGCAUAAACCCGCCCCGGUUAACUAUUCUCAUUUUCAUUUGUCUAGAACAUGCAGUUAUAACUUGCCUCAAAUUUGAUAUCUAAUUUCAUUUUUUCGUUUGUAUCCUCUCGUGUCUUUCUUUUUUUAACUUAGCAUUCUAUUAUGGGUAUAAAUUUGUUCUCUCACUGAAAAUGAAACCAAAAAUAUACCCCAGCAACGAUGGUUAGAAAGUAUUUUCUGUUCUUCCAUUAAAAGUAUAUAUAUCCUCUGAAUUAAUUUGUAUUAUACUACUUUGAAGAUUUUAUAUGAAAUCUGAGUAUAUGGACUAGGGGGAUAACCUUAAAAUCGUAAGUCUCGGGUUCCAGUCUUCUGAAUACGGAGUCGCCUUUAUUAGGACGCGCUUCACCUCCGAUGUGGGAUACUUAACAAACCCGUCCCGCCGCCCAUCCCUACAGGCUAUGUUUCAAUGCAUGUUACACGCGAAUGGCCAGCACCCAGAAGACUGAGUCACAGCAGAUAUGGAGUGAAUUCGGAAGCAUAAUACAAUAUUAUUAGCACUAAUCACAUUCAUCAUUUAUUAUUACUAUAUAUUUAAAGUCAACACUCUGGAAUAACCUUGGACUAAGUCACCUUAAAGUUUCAUCAGGACCAGCUAGCUGCUGACAUAGCUCAAUCUUAGACCCUGAUCCUCACACACAUAAAAAUAAUGAUAUAUAUUCCAAAAAUAAAAUACUUAGUUGUAACGACAAUUUCAAGAUUACCAAUGAGUUAACCAUGAUUAAUGAAAGAAGCACUGAAUUUCCUCUUCUUUCAAACAACAUUGAAAAGGGUUCAUGGAAUCCUGAAGAUCGCGAUAACGGAUGUUGUGAUAUAGUUGAGGCUAUUGAAGAGCUAAAGAAGCAACUAGAAUUAGCAGGACCUCUGAUUCUUGUGAGUUUUUUGCAGUAUUUUUUGCAGAUGAUAUCGAUCAUGUUCGUUGGUCAUCUCGGAGAGCUUUCUCUUUCUAGUGCAACUUUAGCUACUUCUUUUGCUGGAGUAACUGGUUUCAGCUUCAUGCUGGGAAUGGGAAGUGCAUUGGAGACAUUAUGCGGACAAGCUUAUGGGGCAAAACAGUAUCAUAUGCUUGGGGUACAUAUGCAAAGAGGUAUGCUUGUACUGGCGGCAAUUGGCAUGCCUAUAUCGAUUAUAUGGGCAUUCGCGGGACAUAUAUUUGCUUUCUGUGGUCAAGACACGGAAAUUUCAGUCCAUGCUGGACUAUAUGCUCGGUGGUUGAUUCCAAGUAUUUUUCCUUAUGGACUCCUCCAAUGCCAACUAAGAUUCCUCCAAACACAAAGCAGACUCAAACCACUGGUGAUCAGCACUGGUUUUACGAGUUUAGUCCAUGUUUUGUUGUGUUGGGCACUGGUUUUCAGAUCGGGAAUGGGAAACAAAGGAGCUGCUCUAUGUAAUGCCAUAUCGUAUUGGAUCAAUGUGCUGAUUUUGUCUCUUUAUAUAAGGUUUGGAUCAUCAUGCAAGGAAACAUGGACAGGGUUCUCCCAAGUGGGUGCAAGAAACCUUCUCAGUUUUCUAUCAUUAGCUAUCCCUUCAGCACUUAUGGUCUGCUUGGAGCAAUGGUCAUAUGAGUUUCUGGUGCUCAUGUCGGGGCUGCUUCUUAAUCCGAAGCUUGAGACAUCUGUGAUGGCCAUCAGCCUAAGUACCAGUUCUCUGGUCUUCAGGAUUCCCUUUGGACUUGGUAGUGCAGUAAGUACGAGGGUAUCGAAUGAAUUGGGGGCAGGGAGACCUAAAGCAGCCAAAUUAGCAGCACUUGUCGUCCUACUUGUUGCUGUGAUAGAGGGCCUUCUAUUAAGUGGAAUAGCAGUUGCAGUAAGAAAUGUGUGGGGAUAUAUAUAUACCAACAAAGAGGAAGUGGUGAAAUAUCUGGCUGCAAUCAUGCCAGUGCUUGCUUUGUCCAAUUUCAUGGAUGGAAUACAAGGGGUUCUUUCAGGUACUGCAAGAGGAUGUGGUUGGCAGAAACUUGGUGCACUAGUCAAUCUAGGAGCCUAUUAUCUUAUUGGACUUCCUUGUGCAGUCCUUCUGACCUUUGUCUUCCACCUUGGAGGAAAGGGUCUUUGGACAGGGAUUAUAAGUGGCAGUGGUCUUCAAGCAUUACUUCUUCUGCUUAUUACCUUGCGCACAAAUUGGGAGCUUCAGGCAACCAAGGCCAUGGGUAGGAUACAGGUUUCUGAAACAGCUAUUGUGUUAUGA